GUUUAUCUUUCAUGAGAGAAUCAAGAAACGGAUUUGGACGUAAAACUUUUUUAUCAGCCCAUCUUCAUUACAACUUUCCAAAGAAGAAUGCUGACUUCAUGAACAUUCUUCACCAUCACAUAAACCAAAUUGAGUUGCAAAAACUUGACCAAAGAAUUUAAUAUAUCAGAGGUAAAGGGGCUACUAAGAAAGAUUACGAAAGACAAGAAAAACGAUCCAAUAUCAGACACUCAUUUUCCAGAUACAUACAUUGCCACCGAAAUAAACUGAGUGCUGCUCCAGGUUGGCUGAUGUCGCAACAGAAUGUGCUACUGCAUUAGCCUGAUCUUGAUUGGAGCUCAAAAACAUCCCAUAUUUACUUCAUCAUUAAACCAAACUUCAGCAGAGGAAUGGUUUUCUUCAUCAAACAAUGUUUAUCAUAAAUUGUGACGAAUUCAUAUCCACCACCGAGAUUGGACCGGCCCAUCUGCCGAGUAAAGGGUCCAACCGACUCUCUUGAGGCGGUGAAGUAACAUUAAACCUAGUAAGACUCGAAAAUCUUCCAGGUUAUUCCAUGUCUAUAAAUACGGAUGAUUACUCCACAAUUACGGUACGCUAUCUCUAGCACCAAUUACCACAUACAUACUUCUUCAUAACCAUAUUUCUGACUUAAGUAUCGGAGUGUCUACCCUCGGGAGACCCCCGAGGUCCUCUUUUGCAGGAAACCCUAACCGGAAUUCUACUGUUAACCCGGCGGUACAAUUUCAUGCAUCGUCAAGUGGCACGCCCAGUGGGACCCGAUAACUAGGGUUUGUGUCACAAGCUUUCUCAAGCUUUCAAAAUUUUCCAACCUUGUUCCACCGUUGCAAAUUAGGGUUCUCACCCAGAACAUGAUGGCAGUAAUCGGUAAAUCUCAAUCCAACACGGCAUCAAUGGGCAGGCAGCGAAGCCCCGAUGACAACGAAACCUUGGUUAACUUCCAAGAGAAACAUAGGCAGAAAAAAAAAUCAACCAUCAGUCAAGGAGAGAAAAAACUCCUACGAAAUCAUCUAAUCCCGCGGAUGAAAGGGUGCAAAAUCCUAGCAAUCAUUACAAGGCUCCCAAUCCACGUGAUGAAGAACGGUUGGCUGAAAUCGAAGUAGAACUCAACAAAUUGCAAGAGGAUAACAGUCUCAAUUAGAGGAAGAAAAAGUACAUCCUAGAAGAAUAUCGACGCUGUUGUUUGCUUGGUCUGCUUGAUCUAACAGACCAGGAGUUAAAAGACAUAAUCGAUGAGAAGGAGGCGCGUAGAACAUUGGUCUUGCUUGAGAAGAUAAAUGGCAAACGCAAACUCCCAGAGGACGAAAGCAAUAAAGAUCAGAGAGAAAUCCCCAACCGCGAGACUUCCUGCGGAGAAUUCUUAACUGCUCACAGCACAGCCUUCUGGGACUCGUUUGGUCAAGCAUAUCCAGCAUUCAAAAUAGCGCUCAAAGAGUUUGCCAAAGAAUAUCGGCGCAAGAAGCAAUCUCGCAGCCAAUGUCGCCAAGGUUCACCUAGCAUCAAGUUUGUAUCUGAAAGAGACUGGAAUCCCCCACCGAGAGGUAACAUACACUCUCGCUUAGGGCCUAGAGUUUCCCCGGAGAAGUCCUACCGCGAUAACAACGAUAUGUAUCAUGCACCACCUCGAGGUACAGGUUAUCCUCGGGAGGAUCGUUAUCAUAAUGACGAUUUUCAGCUACGAGAAAAACCUUAUGCUCCUCGACGUCAGGGGGAAUAUGACAACCAGAACACUUCCAUCCGUGAGUUGAUGAAGCGAAUGAUAGGAAUGAUCGUUGACAAAAGUCCAUUUAUACCAAAGAUUCGUGAUUGCCCAAAACGUCAGGACUUUGACUUCCCCAAGAAUACGUCCAAGUCAUGAGAAUUAGGAACGCAUCAUUCGAUUUCAUGGCUAAAGCCCUUCCAUCCUAUCUCACUGGACAAGCACAACGGUGAUUUGGACAGUUGCCAGAAGGGAGUAUCACCAGCUUCGAGGACUUGUCAGUUAAAUUGGCUACACACUUCUUCCCCAGCAACAAAUCACAAGAAUGUUAAUUGACCUUUCCUCAAUCAAAUAAGGGCAAAAUGAGAACCUUUCUGAUUUCCAUCGUCGUUUCAUCCCAGAAACUCUCCAAGUCAAGAUUAUUAAAUCGUCUUUAAGGAUUUCAACAUAAUCCUUCAAAGGGAUAGCUGAACCUUUCAAGUAAGAAAUCAACAAGCCUGACUGCAAUUUCGCCCACUUCAAACUUCUUGGAUCUUGAGGACUUUGAAGCUUUCAGGAGUUUUAUGAUCAUCCCCGGAGUGCAAAGCAUAAACUUCUGUAGUAGAUCCGAAAGAAGAAUUUCCCAUCCUUGGGCUAUCAUUUCAUCCUUCCCUUUCAGCAAGUAAAAGAUGGACAAACAUGAUGCAUCGUGCACUGAAUCAUUCUCAUAAUCGAUGAAAUCUUUCAGAAUCUGAUGGUCAAUGCAUCUUUUUGUUAAGAAGAGCACAAGGACUUUGAGGAAUCUUAGCUUUUCUGCAAGAACCAAAAAUUGGUUCCUCACAGGAACAACAGUACCAGUUUUCAAGUUGGCAAGAUCCUGGAAAUUCACUACAAGACAAUCAACAAAGAUCAGGAACUCCUCGCUUGGGCAAGACAAUGAAUUUUAUUGAGUCCAACAAAGCAGCAAGCAUUUUCCUUAGCUGUGACUCGUAUUUUUUAGCAGCGUGGCUCCCAUCUUCAUUUUCCAGUAAAACUUUAAGCUUAAACUGUGCAAUGUACCAUUGAAAAUCAAUAUUACGUUCCUUGCAGAUGAUCAUGCGGCUGAUCAACAUCUUCAGGAAUCUCAACUCUUGCAGUCGAAGUUCAGGAAAGCCAGAUUGGAUCUCUAGCCUACCCAGUUCAUCAACAACAGAAUCAUCUGUAGAGGGAAUCUGAGCCAUUUUUUACUGUUUCUUCACUCUCUGUACUGUCUGAUCUCUGUUUUCCUCUGCAAGGGAUGUAUACUAAAAAAUGCUGAAUGCAAACUCUCCUGAACAAAUUUCUGCUGAAUUUUAGGCCUCUCAGCAAGUAAACUCUCAAUUCCUGCAUUCACCAUAAAACUAUAUCAUUUAGGUAGCUGUUACUGACAUAGCAAUUAGUAAAUUACAUAUAGAAAAAAACAAAAUGGCUGGCAUGACUUUUCAACAACUGCAACUCAGCCCAACAACUCCAUAGUAUAUAUCCUUUUUCACUAUGAUUUAUAUGUUAUUGUCAAGGCAAAAUUUUAACUCGUAGGUUAAAGAAGCAACAAAAGAAAUGGUUUAGCCAUUGGAAUCGCUUAUGAUACUUGCCCAGAGUACAUGUUGGCCACUUUCUCGCUGACUCUCCCCAGUUCCUUCUCUGUCUGCCUAGUUUGCAAGGGUUGUGAUUGUCAAUUGCCUAGCACCUGCUGAGAUUUCGUUGGAGGUAAGGAAGAAGGCAUUGGCGGUUAAUGAUCGGCGCUCAGCGCUUUCAGAUAGGCAACGGUAAAUGCCAUUUUAGAUAAUUUUAUUUUUUACCUUUCCAAAGUCCUGAUAUCUUUUUUCUUCUCCAUUGAAGUUUAUCAACAAAAAUUAAGAUUGAAACUUUCAAGGAAGUUUCUUGACAUUUUUAAGCUUAUCUUCUGUGUUUCUCCAAUGCAUUGUGUUUUGGUGGGACAAAGCGCCCCAACAGUCUGUAAUGCUCUUUGGAAAAGGGAAAAAAUUAACCAAUACCUGAGUUCAUAAUGAAUCUCACCAUGACCUUAAUUCCAAUUUUCUAUCAUGAUAUUUAUAGAAGCCAUUAAACAAAAGUAGCUGAUUCCAUGGCCAACAUUAGAGCAAUAGUACAAAACUGAAGAACUAGCCAUUGGAUGUGAAGAGUCAGGGAAUGAAUUUCUCUGGUCGAAUACAGGGGAAUGCUACUAGAUCUGAUGCAACGAAACCUAGGAUUCUAGCAGGUGAACAUGGCAAGCCAUUCAAAUGCAUUGACAACUGCUCCGAAAUUAAACAAGUUAAUCACCCUAGAGAACCUGGUAUUGCAUUAGCUUUUACAUGCAAAUAUAACCAAUACAAAAACUAUUGGAGUUCAAAAUUCCUGAGUAGAAUGGUGUCUCAUAGUGAUUUUCACCAAAGAUUGAUAUCACACUCAACCAUUACAUUAGCCAAAUUUUAGAUGACCCAAGAAUGUAACAUAUCAGAGGUAACAGAAUAAAAGUACAGAUUUAGUUUGAAAUUUACAUUUUCCAUGACCCCUCAUGCUAAUCAGCCAAGAACACAGAAACAGCAUAUGUUUUCGCACUUCACAACAUGUGAAUGUUGGGAUGGAGGGGGAGAGAGAAAAAAAGAGUUUCUGAUAAGGAUCAAUACAUAUGCAAAACCAAUCUUCUUGGUGAAAACUGCCAAUCAGGGUAAUCAACUAAACGCCCAAGUUACAUGCACCUGAGAUCUUCUUCAAAAUCCUAACAUUUACUAUGAGUUGCAGUAAUGAACAAAAGGAUGGAAUGAAAACCUAAAAUAGAUGGUGGAUAAAACAAUUAAGUGUACUAAAUCUUGUACAGACAAUGGUAAUAGUGCACGACUAUGAAGACAAUGAUUUCAGAGUUCAGACAAGAAAGAUGAGUAAAAGAGGUAGUGAAAAGCAUUAACUGAGGCACCGGCCCAAAUCAAUCUUUUCCCACAAUGUACAGAGUUGCUUAGGAACCUUGGAUUGUAAUCUACAUGGUUUCUAGCUCGAGCAACAUACAUCCCCAAUAAUACUACAAUUACCAAACAAUUUCCUACGUCCAUAUUCAACCAAGAAAUGUGGCAGACUCGAUACAAAUUUAGAAUAUGAAUAGUGGGUGGAUCUCCAUCUAUGCUAACUCUGACCUCAAACCAACUUCUACUAGGCAACUUGAACCAAAAUCUUAAAGCUACAAGAGUUGUACUGGUAGUUAGGAGCUCUGAUUUAGAUAAUGAUUUGAGAAUGUGAGGCACUGUCGUCGUCAAAGCAACCAAACUACCAGCAAAGGCUCUUGUUCUUCCCAUUGUAAACACGAAAACUGCUACAAUUUAACGAAAUUGGUUCAAUUUAAGGCUAUUGAAGUGCCCUAAGAUGACAUGGUGUGGCCUCACUCACAUAGUAAAGAGACAAUUCAUUUCAAUAUUAACAGCACAGAAAUCACAAAAAUCUGCAAUCAAACCAAAUAUGAAAGUGAUCAGCACAGACAAAAGGCACAAGACCCAUAGCAUUUGAUUUAUAAAUCCAAAAAAUCCAAACUUUGCUGCCAAAUUACAAAAAGGGGCAAAAAAAAAAAAGAAUAAUAGGCUUAAUACUACUACAAAUGCGAUUAAGAGAGCGGAAAUAAGAUGGAUGAAACUCACCAAUGAAACUGAAAGAAAUGCCCUCUCUUUCCUUCUUUACGGAGCAAAAUAUUCCGGCCCGGGAGCAUCCAAUCGGCGGCGGAGGGAAGAACCGGGCUGCUGGAGAAGAGGAGAAGGAGACAAAUUUCCGGUAGUUGGGAAGUCAACUGGAUCGUGCUGUGGAAAUGGAGGCUUUCACUGAGGAAGUGAUCAUCCGGACAACAUCGUUUUGAUCAAUUCAACUUCAAACGUGUUCAAAAAGGUCAACCCCAAUUUUUUUUUUCCCCUUUUCUCCCAUGCAACCACGGAUUCACACCCACUAACCAUGCAUAUAUAAAACCAACAAAAUACAGUUAGAUUUCCAUCAUCCCAUUGACCUGUUCCGGGGUUCACAUGGGAUAGAAGAAUAACAGGACACAUUCUUUAUUUGGUUCAUCCUGCAUGUAGGAAACAACUGUUCUUAGUCAAUUUUUAUUUUUUAGUGUUUUUCUUGGACUCAUUUCAACCCUCAUUAAUUGUCAAGAAAAAAAAUGUCAUUUUCUGGUUUGGAUGGGUUAUAAUGACCGUAUGGUAAACAAAUGCCACUUUGUGCUACUAAUGGAUUUGUUAGAAACAAAGAGAUUUUGACCCUAUUCAGAGAUGAACCAAUUUGGUUAAAGAAAAGAUCUUUUCACAAUGAAAAGCUGCAAACUUUUGUCUGUUUCAAAAGAAAAAAAAAACUACAAAAAUCAGUAUAUUAAUUGAUUAAUGAAAUGUUAGUUUGAUUGCCAUUUUUUUUUUUUUUGGGGGGUAAAACUUGGUCAUUCAUUUCCGCAGAAAUGGAAGAAGAUUCUCCUUCUUGAGAGGAAAUGACUAGUUCUUUUCGAUUCUCUUGUGAGGGAGGUAUCAUUUUGCUGAUUAACCCGUCAAAUAAAUUAUCAACUACCCUGCUACUUAAAUUUUUACCACUAUAAAAAGGAAGAAAUUCAUAAGUAGAGACAACCUACAAGUAGAAAGAGAUCAAUAUCUAAUGGCAGGAGGAGGAGGAGGGGGAGCAGCAGGAGAAUCAUUGACCUUGGAAUAUACACCAACAUGGGUGGUUGCAGUUGUCUGCACUGUUAUUGUUGCCAUCUCUCUUUUUGUAGAAAGACUCAUUCACUUUGCUGGCAAGUAUUUUCUUAAGAAAGGACAGAACCCUCUCUAUCAGGCCUUGCUCAAGAUCAAAGAAGAAUUGAUGCUGUUGGGCUUCAUAUCUCUGCUUUUGACUGUGUUUCAAGACAAGAUCAAUAAAAUUUGCAUUCCCAAGCACUUGACUGAUGACUGGCUUCCUUGCAAGAGGAAGGAUACAUCUACGGCUGCAGCAGCCCAUUUUCAGACCUAUUUCUCGUCUUUCUUUCCAGGAAAUCAUCGCCGGCUCCUGGCUGAGGCAUCGGCUUCUGCAGGCUAUUGUGAAAGCAAGGGGAAGGCACCACUGUUAUCUCUUACGGCUCUGCAUCAUCUUCACAUAUUCAUCUUCGCGCUAGCUGUUUCACAUGUGAUCUUCUGUGCACUAACAAUUCUUUUCGCAAGUGCGAAGAUUCGCAUGUGGAAAAGUUGGGAAGAUUCUAUUCGGGAAAGAGAAUCUGAUCCGGAAGAAGCUUCAAAGUUCAAGUUUGUCCAUGGGGAUGACUUUAUCAGAGGCCGAUUUAAGGAUUCAGCUGUACUUCGUUGGGUGCUUGCAUUUUUUAAGCAAUUUUAUCGGUCGGUGACCAAGAAAGACUAUGAAACUCUGCGACUUGGAUUCAUUAUGACUCAUUUUCGGGGACAUACAAAAUUCAACUUCCACAAAUAUAUGAUAAAUGUGCUUGAAGAAGAUUUCAAGAAAGUUGUCGGUAUAAGCUGGUACCUUUGGAUAUUUGUCGUUCUAUUUCUUUUGCUGAAUGUGUAUGGUUGGCAUUCAUAUUUCUGGAUAUCGUUUAUCCCCUUCGCUCUUUUGCUUGCGGUGGGGACUAAACUCGAGCAUGUAAUCUAUCAGUUAGCUCAAGAAGUUGCUGAGAAGCAAUCAGUAGUGCAAGGAGAAUUGGUGGUUAGGCCUUCAGAUGAUCACUUCUGGUUCAACCGACCAAAGAUUGUCCUUAUGCUGAUUCAUGUCAUCUUAUUCCAGAAUGCUUUUGAGAUGGCAGUUUUCUUCUGGACCUGGGCUCAAUAUGGAUUUAAUUCAUGCAUCAUGGGAAAAAUGGCGUACAUCAUCCCCAGGCUCGUCAUUGGGGUGUUCGUGCAGUUCAUUUGCAGUUUCAGCACCUUGCCACUAUAUGCGUUAGUGACGCAGAUGGGAAGCUCAUUCAAGAAAGCAAUAUUCAAAGAACACAUACAAGUCGGACUUACGGGUUGGGCUCAGAAGGCAAAGAAGAAGGAGGGCAACAGGAAAGGAGCAAGAAGCAAUAAUCCUAGCCAGGUUGGUCCCAGAGAAUCUCCUUCGGUAGAAGCAGAAAAAGUUCUACUAGAGUUGGAGCCUGUUACUAAGCAUGAAAAUGGUAGAGCUCACGAUGAAAUUCAGCCUGAAACAUAGGUUCAACGUUUGAACUUUUAUAAACCAACGAAAAGCGUAGGAUCACCGGAUAGGCUCAUUUUUAGUAUUAGUUGCACUGAGUGUUACAAAAUGAAAAUGUAAAAUGCAAACUUGUGAGGUGUGGUUCCCCUGGCUGUAAAUUUACCCAAUGACUGGAUUUUCCUUAAUAUUUCUUCCAUAU